AACAACUCCAGCCUAAUUAAAACCUCCAUCAGAAAACCCCCGCAUGUGGUUUCCUGCUCCUGCCUUUGCAACACCGCAAUGAAGGAAUUUAUCUGUUCGUUCUCACAGUAAUAAGGUUCGGGCUGACUUUUCCCCGCGUCGAGUGAAGAUCAGGGUACCGGACCUGUCGAUUCUCACCAGCAACUCCUGCAGCAUCCUUACUUCUUUUUUUUUUUUCUCAGACGGGACACCGACUGACUGCGGGCUGAAUAAAUGGAUAAUAACGCUGCAAAUUCGGAAAAAUCUCAACUGAUACACGAGAAGAAUGCGAAAAUGUAUUCCCUAAAACUUCAAAGCUCCUUUCCAGACUCCAAAGAGCAAUAUCCCGAGUUUCCUUUCAAGAAUGGUGGCAUGGCGGGUGCCAUCGAGCUGAAACGACCCGUUGGUGCCCACUGCCACGGUGCCAAAGCCUUGGUGUGUGAGGACAGCGUAGACAAGCUGCUGGCCAAGAAGAAACUCUACAUCGCUUCAGUUGUCUGCCUUGUCUUCAUGAUUGGCGAGGUCAUAGGAGGCUACCUGGCCCACAGCCUGGCCAUCAUGACUGAUGCAGCCCACCUCCUGACAGAUUUCGGCAGUAUGAUGGUGAGCCUGUUCUCCCUGUGGAUCUCCUCCAGAAAGCCCACCAAAACCAUGAACUUUGGUUGGCACAGAUCAGAGAUCCUCGGGGCGUUCAUCUCGGUCAUUUCCAUCUGGAUUGUUACGGGGGCUCUGGUCUAUUUAGCCAUCGAGAGGAUUGUACAGAACGACUAUGAGAUUGACGGACAUGUAAUGUUAGUCACCUCCGGGUGUGCCGUCAUCGUCAAUAUAAUCAUGGCCUACAUCCUCCAUCAUUCGACCACCUUUCACGCCCACGGCAGCGGUUAUCACCACAUUGACGAGGACGGUCAGAGUCCCGUCGCUCACGGUCAUUCCCACUCGCUCCUCGGUGGCCACGGCAAUGCAAGCGUCCGUGCUGCCUUCAUCCACGUGGUCGGAGACCUGCUGCAGAGUGUCGGAGUCAUGGUGGCAGCGAUCAUCAUCUACUUUCGGCCUGAAUAUAAAGUUGCAGAUCCCAUCUGUACAUUUCUGUUCUCUGUCUUUGUCCUCUGCACCACCUUCACCAUCCUCAGAGAUGUCUUUAGGAUACUCAUGGAAGGGUCUCCUAAAGGAAUAGAGUUUAACUCUGUGAAGGAGGUGCUGCUGUCUGUGAAGGCUGUGAAGUCGAUGCACUGUCUGCACCUCUGGGCUCUGACUCUGGGCCAGGCACUGGUCACUGUUCACCUGGCCAUAGAGGAGGGUGCAGAUGCUCAGUCUGUGCUGCGGGAGGCCACUGAUCUGCUCCACACCAAGUUUGGUUUCUACAGCAUCACCAUCCAGGUAGAGCUCUACUCUGAAGACAUGAGCCACUGCUCCCACUGCCAGGACCCCAGUGACUGACGCUGAUACUGGAACGGACAGGACUGGACCCAACAGGACAUGGAACGGCUCAUGCACAUUUUCAUUCUCUCUUGGUUAGCUGGACCAAUGAGAGGAGCGUUCACAAUGCAGCUUCCAGUUAAAGGAAUUUUUGGUACAUUGUUGUGUUUGCCAUUAAUUAAGUCACAAGAAAUUAGAUGGUGAAAUCAUCCAUGUGUUGGUAGAAGACUGCUAUCGCUGGAGCUCCAUGCUAACAUGUAACGGGCCUCUGAAGAAGGGGUGUAUUUAUACUCCAGCCCUCAAGGUUGCUUGGAGUUUUUACCAAAAAUUGGGCCAAUUUUUACAUGAAUAAUUGGGGUGAAACUGCACCUUGGGUUGAUAAGGUGUUGGCUUGUAAACAAAUCUAGCAAGACUGAAAGAAGGUGGAGCAUGUUCAUCCUGUCUUAAAAAAUAUGCAACAGAGCCAUAAGACUUUUUCUAUCUCACCUCCUUUUUUGAUCAUCAUCUAUUUAUGUAAUGACUACUUAAUAAUAGAUUGAAAAAAUUAUUAUUUAUAAUUGCUAAAUGUGUUCACCAUACUUGCAAGCCAGCUCACAGCUAGUUUACAGUAGUUUCAAAUAGCUUGAAGACCUAAUUAUUGCAGCUCCAAAACAAAGUUGAUUGAGAAGAAGCAUUUUACCUUUGCUUCAAUGUGUUCUUGAUGUUUGUCCAUGCGAGAUGUUAUCUGUAAAAACGCUGCCAUUAAGUUUGCAUUCAUAUGACCAGAACCAAUAAGAGCAGCAGGGGACCAUUGUGACUACAGUAGAAAUAGGACAAGCUGAUUGAUGUGUUGAAAAGUGUAAGGACAUACAUGUAAGCAUAUACUGAGUGACUGGAUGACAGUAGGCCAUGAGCGCAAGGAAUCCUAUUAGUUAUAAAACAGUUAAUUUUCUGUUUGAUGUUUAGAUAACUACACUUUUAAAAUUAAAUACUAAAAGUCAAUUUAAGUACUGCAGCAAAGUUUAUAUUUACGAAACUAUUUCAGUCUGCUUUAUGAAAGUAGCUGCUGCUCGUUGAAACACUGCCUGAUUUUUAGUAUUUCAAGAGAAACUGCCAGAUAUAGCACCACCUAUUGUUAACGAUUACAAUAAAGCAUGGGGGCUGCUACUUAUUUUCAACAGAAACUUCCCUGAAGCUACUUGCACAAAACAGUAAUGCAAAUCCUUCUAUCAUAAAAUCAGAUAACAGAAUAUGUGCUAAACUGUUAGCAUGGAGCACCUGAUGUAAUGUUCUACCAGGGACACAUGGAUGACUGUGAUGUCUGUUGUUUUGACACUAACUUUACCAAACUGCUCUUCUACUGCACAUUCGCUCUACAGCUCACUGUCAUCAUUGUUCCAUGAACCUGCUUAGCAACUAAAGGUCAGACAUAAAUCUGCAAGGCUAGCUGGUCACAAAUUACAUUUUUAAAGAGUUUUAUUUGCAGAAAAGUUCUUUCUUGACAUAAACUAAUUGCAAACAUCAGGUUCAUUUGUUCCACACUGACAAAGGUUGUCUUUUAGGGAAGAAAAGCAUCAAUAAUACCUCUAAGAAUAUACAUUUUGUACAUUUUGUUGGUUGCUGCCUUAGGAAGAUCACAGACUGAAGGUGUAAGACCUGAUGUCAUGAUACACAAAUGAGACAGUAUGGUGAUUAUUAAUCAUGUGAAGACACCUUGUCAUCUACAAGUCAAGGCAAUAUUUGUGAAACUGAAAUAGCAGCUAUUAAAAUUAAUAUAAGACUUGUGGAAACAAUAACUGGGCAUCAUGAUGUCACUGCAGCAUUUCAGACAAUUUUAUUAUUUGAAGCAAAAAAAGAAGAAAUUUCUAAACUUAUUGACUCCCUCACACUGAUCCUAAAACGUACAAUAUCCUGACCUAAACUGCUCUAGUACUCCCUUAAAACAGAAAUAUCUGCCUUAUAUCUAAUAAUUAAGCUCAGUCUGGACUUGAUCUCUCUCUCUACAGUACUGUACUUUGUUUAAUUUUAUCGCAUAAUGCCAAAGAUGAGGAGUCACCUCUGUCUCCAUUACAGAGGGUCAGGAAAAUUAGAUUUUAGAUAGCACUGUAUUGAUUGAGCAGAAGGAAAAUUAAUAAGCGUCAGACUGAAAAAGCAUCCAGCAACUUCUGUCAACUCUGUGCAGACAUUUAGGUCUGAGGGCAAAAAUGAUUUAGUCCUGCAGUUGGACGAUUAGUUUCAGCUUCAUGCUGUCAUCCAUCUAUCAUCUAUGGCUCCUUCCUCCUGUAGCCGCAGUGUUACCCAUCCAUCUACUAUAUGUCUCUCUGUUCCCCGAGCUUUCAUCUAUCUAUCUCGCUGCAUUCCCAUCCAUCCAUGUUUUGCCAUCACAGGGCCCUGGAGUAGGCUGGGUUUUCAAAAUAAAAGCACCUAAAAGUAACAGGAACUUAUGCCAGGCUUCACUAGCGCUGGAGACUUUCAAAAUAAAACUCUGAAGUACUUUUUUCUUUACUCAAACAACACAUUCCUCCUUCUAUGGCUCACACAUCAGCUGAUGGUUUACCUUUAUUGCAACUAAGACACAUCAACAUCCACUUAAGCUCAUAUAAGUCCUUACAAUAUAACUAAGUUCAUUUCAUUGCUUACACUAUAUUUUGCACCUACUAUACCUUUCCCUUUAUUCCAACGCUUCAUACUCCUUGAUACAAAGUUAAGCCAGCAAUGCAAUUUAGCUCCCAGCCAUUUAUUAAGCAAAGCUAUGCAGCUCCUAUCUAUACAUGAAACCCCGGCUGUCCAUCCAGCAGUGCAGCUCAGCGUCAGCUUUUCAACAGCCAAAAAUCCCACUGCUGUUUCUUCAGAAAUUGCAUUCUCUAGUUAACUAUGUUAUUUGCGCAAAACUGAUCAAUUGGCUUGAGGUAGGCACUAGAGGAAAGGUUGUGUAAAAAAACAAAACAGAAAAAAGUUCAUCUUCUGAGGAGCUUGACUGGGUUUAGUAAACAGCAUAGUGCCCUUGAGAUUGGAUUUUAAUGAAAUGUUGGGCUUAAUCUUGGUGCUAGAGGGAUGAUCAUGGCGUCAUUAACCUAAUUACAAUUUCUCGGGACCACGGAUAUUCACAGCAUGUUUCAUGGAACUUCAGACAGUUUUGGUCAGUUUUUCGUUAAUACUUUGGACUUGUGUAAAGAUAUUUCUUUGCACCCAUAAUAAAAGCCAACAAGUCAGCUGACGUCCCUGUAAUGUUUCACAGCUACUAUUAAAGUGUUGAUGUCGUUAUGUUGCUCUCAAAGAAAGGACAACUGUACGUUGUAAACGCCUCGUUGACAUCCAUUAUGAUCCAAAUACUUGCAUGGUUGUUAGCUGUUAUUCAAUAUCAUGUACAGUAAGAAGUUUCUUGUUCAACUGCCAAUCAGAAUAUGUUGAUAAACCAUGCAGAGGAUUAAUCAAAGAAAAAAAUCUUUAAAAUUCUAUAUUUUCACCAAUUUUUAAGGAGAUUCUGUAUAUUUAAAUAGAUUUUCCUUUUGAAAUGAGAAUAUAUACGGACCCAACAGCUAUGAAGACUAAGUUAAAACAAAGUGAAUGUAAGACCAAUGCAUUUUACUUUACUAGUUUUGAUAUACAUGCAUACUGAUGUUCUCCUCUACAGGCUGUGGCAUUAAACUGGAGCCAACACUUUUCUUGUUUGUUCACUGUGGAAGUCUACUGUUUGAGAAUGCUCUGUAUUGUGCUGUUGCUGUCUUUGUGUGACUGUUGUAAAUAUGUCAAAUAUUGUGUCUUUUCUGUGUAUGAUUUUGUGUAUACACGUGUAAAUACAUUUAUCUCCCUUGUACAAUCAGUCUUUAAAACGUCCCAUUUGUCUGAGUGUUCUGGUGAUGUUGCGUAAACCCACGUCACAACUGUGAUGUUUGAGAUUUCAUUUUUAUGUGUGGCAAGAGUUUUUUUUUGUAAAGUGAAAUAAAU